GUGCUUCUAUAAAUGUAAAUGAACCACCAAAACUAAUGGUCCACUCCCAUCUCUAUAAUAAACCCCAACUAUAGGGAAGUGUUUUACUCUGCAUAUAAAAAUAAGCAAAACUACACCGCUCGUUUAUCAACUGCCAGGAGGCAAUAAUCGCGUAAAUGAAAAUAACCCAAUUCGUUUCCACUAAUCCCUCCGUUCUUUUUUAUCUCAAGCUUCGGGAACGACGUUCAGACCAAUAUGGGAUACUGAGAUAGCAGGACACACACAUGAUGCAUCGCAGGCUCGGGAAGAACAAAAUAAACAGUACUUAACAAAAAAAAAUCUAACUAUCUUCUAGUUUAGUUUGAUAGUAUAUUUGAUAGUGAAUUUUCGGAGAGAAAAUGUUUCAAGGUUUUAGUCUGUGUUUCUGCUUGGCAUUACUUUGCCUCGGACGGUGUGUAUGCAGCACGUGUCCGUUUCAAUGUAGCUGUUUCUUUCACACUCUAUCGGACGGAUCCAAAGCAAGGAGUGUCCUUUGCAAUGACCCAGAGAUCACUCUGGUCCCACCCAACUUUCCUGCAGACACCUCAAAACUGCGGAUCGAGAAGACUGCCAUCACAAGGAUCUCCAGCGAAACCUUUCACUACCUCAACAGUCUGGAAUUUCUCUGGAUGUCUUUCAAUUCUCUGAACUCUUUGAAUGUAGACAGCUUCCGUGGCCUGAGAAGUCUGGAUGAGCUGAGACUGGAAGGGAACGCUCUCACCUCGUUCCCCUGGGAAUCUCUCACUGAUAUGCCCGACCUGAGGCUACUGGACCUGCAUAAUAAUAAGAUAUCGUCGAUCCCGGCCGAGGCAACCAUUUAUAUCAAGAACCUGACCUACCUGGACUUAUCUAGCAACAGCCUAGCCACGGUUCCUCCUGAGGUUCUCCUUACGUGGUUAUCUGUGAAACCAUCUCAAGGAGAUGGGGAAAGUUCCAAAUAUAUUCUAGGUCUCCACGACAACCCGUGGCUGUGCGACUGCCGGCUCUAUGACGUGGUCCAGUUCCAGAAGUCUCCAUCGUCAUCCGUGAUUCUGAUCGACACCAGGCUGCGCUGCGCGGACCCUGAGAGCCUGUCGGGGGUGCUGUUCAGCGAGACGGAGCUCCAGAAGUGCCAGGAGCCCCGUGUCCACACGGCUGUGGCCCGGGUCAGGAGCUCCCUGGGGAACAACGUCCUGCUGCGCUGUGGGACCAUCGGAGUCCCAGUACCAGAGCUGUCCUGGACCCGGGAAGACGGUAAACAGAUGAACGGCACUGUUCAGGAAGAAGUUUCAAAGGAGGGAAUCAUUUGGUCCAUCCUGAGUGUGCGUGCUGUCUCUUACAGGGACUCUGGGAAAUACAUCUGCAAAGCGACCAACUUCGUGGGUACUGCAGAUGCCAUCAUCUCCCUAGUUAUCACAGACUCCUUUAAAAAUGAGGAACAAGGUGGCAGCUCCAAGACUAGAAAACAAAGGGUACGGAAAACCGGUGGGUUUGGGAAAGCUGCCUACCAGGAUAAACUUGUUGCAAAAUACAUACCUCCACCAASCACACCCAUCAUUGAACCACUAGGACCGGGCGGUUUUACAGGAAAGUAUGAUAUCGAGAGCUACGACAUCUCAAACAGCGUGGCUGACGGACAGAUGCCCGGUCCUCCCAUCACGGAGACGGCGAUGCAGGAAGUGGAGAAGGUGGAGGUCCUUAGCAACCUGGCAGCCAACGCCUCUUCUUUACAGGCGCCGGCACCGCCGGAGAAACGGGUGGUGCGUUUGGUGAAGAUAAUCGGCGACACCGACCACACCGUCUCCCUGAACUGGCGGGCCCCGGCGGCCAAGAACACCACCGAGUUCAGCGUCCUGUACGCCGUGUUCGGCGAGAGGGACAUGCGGAGGAUCAACGUUGCUGCGGGAAAGAACCGGAUCACUAUUGAGGGCCUUGUGCCAAGGACAAAGUACAUCGCCUGCGUCUGCGUCAAAGGCCUGAUCCCUAAAAAAGAGCAGUGUGUAAUCUUUUCAACGGACGAGGCGGCCAGCGCAAGCGGCACCCAGAAGCUCAUUAAUGUGGUGGUGAUCACCGUGGCCUGCGUGAUCGCUGUCCCCCUGACACUGAUCGUCUGCUGCGGGGCGCUCAAGAAGCGCUGUAAAAAGCUACUGGGGAGGAAAUCCAAAGAUAUCCAAGAAUCAUAUGUGACAUUUGAGACCUUCUCCCCGGGACAGAAGCCUAGGGGGAUGGAGGGGGAGUACCUUGCCAAACAACAGCCAGACGAGUCCAACAGACUGCUCUCUGCUAGGUCCAGUGUGGACUCCGAGGCCAUUUGUAGGACUGAGGGACCGCCUAACGAGUACUUUUGUUGAUACUAAAUGAUGGCCUCAAGCCUUUAGAGGACAGAGAAAGUCUGUCCUUUCCAUGCGGAACUUAAAUAUUUGUUCUUAAGGUUUUGUAUGAUUUCAGCCAGUAGUUGACAGUAGCAUGAACAGAAACAAAAGGCUAGUUGCAUUGACACUCUUGCCUUUGGAAAAAAACAUGUGUGGUGAAUAUGUGAGUUAGAUAAAUAAGUGUUGACAUAACUGUGAUUAUGGGAAUACAGGCAACCCUUGACCUGAUGAACUGUCAUUAAAAAAAAAGUUUUAUUGUUGUAUAUAUAUAUWUUUUUUUCUUAAAUUAUUUCUGAUCUGCAAAGAAACAUUUUGUAUUUGUAAUGCACUUUUAAGGGCAGUAUUUAACUUUUCCAAAAUUCCCAGGUUUUACAGAAAUUCUGUGUGGAAGAUUCCUGGAAUAAGGAACUCUAAAUGGCCCUUUCUACUAGAAUACAUUAAACCCAUCUUCUUAAUGAAGUUUUGCAAGGAGAAAGAGUAACGACAGAGUUAUUCUCAAAUGAAUAUGACCUCAGAAUUCUGGCACAGUUGUUAUUUGACAAAAUAAAGUAUUUGUAAAGUAUUGUUGAAGCAGAACUCAUCUCUAGUGAUAUUUUAUACUUUUCUUUGUAUUUACCAUAUAAUGUUAAUGUGCCAGCUUUACUGUCCAAUCAAAGCUAACAUACUAUAUAUUUUGUAAUAUGUA